AUGGAUUCACUCGUAGCUGGAAUGGAAGGGACGACGGUAUACCUCGACGAUCUUAUGAUCUGCGGAAGGACGGUUGAGGAGCACAACCAACGCGUCGCCGCCGUGUUCGCCCAGCUGGAUGAGUACGGGUUCCGCAUCAAACCGGAGAAAUGCCAUUUUCUCAUGCCCAGAAUCAACUUCUUGGGUUUCCAAAUCGACGCAGAGGGACGCCGCCCGGAUCCAGCCAAGAUCCAAGCGAUCAUCGACAUGCCGCCACCGAAGAACGUGACGGAAGUGCGAGCGUUCCUGGGAAUGAUCCAGUUCUACGGAUCUGUCGUGCCAGCUCUUCACUCUCAUCGCCGACCGAUCGACGCUCUCACCAAGAAAGACGUCAAGUUCGAGUGGAAUGCCUCCUGUCAAAAGGCAUUCGAAGCCGUCAAGCGGAUUCUGAAUUCCGGUCUUCUGCUCACUCACUACGACCCGAGUCUACCGAUAAUCGUUGCUGCCGACGCCUCGCAAUACGGCAUCGGUGGCGUGAUUUCCCACCGUUGGCCAAACGGAACGGAAAAGGCGAUCUUCCACUUCAGUCGUGCUCUGACGGACACCCAACAACGGUAUAGUCAGAUCGAGAAGGAAGGGCUCGCUCUCGUCACCGCCGUGACGAAAUUCCAUCGAUACCUGCAUGGCCGUCGAUUCACGCUUCGUACGGAUCACAAACCGCUGCUCAACAUCUUCGGAGGAUCCAAAGGAGUACCGAUUUACACUGCAAAUCGACUCCAGCGAUGGGCCACUAUUCUUCUUAACUACGAUUUCGACAUUUCGUACGUCAAAACGGAAGAUUUUGGCCAAGCCGAUGCUCUGUCUCGCCUCAUCGAUCAGCAGGCCCGCCAAGCCGAAGAAAACGAGGUGAUCAUCGCUCAAAUUGAAGUUCAAGCUUCGCCGGAACUCGACAGCCAAUGCCACCAACUCCCCGUCACAGCCGCAAUGAUCCGUAAACACUCAAAAACGGACCAUCUCAUCCAAAGAGCCAUGGCGUGUGCCGAACGAGGAGACUGGCCGAAGAAUCUCGAAAAGGAGCCGGCGCUUCAGCAAUUUUCGAGACGUCGCCAACAGCUGUCGAUCGUCGAAGGCUGUCUGAUGAUGGCUCAUCGUGUCGUCGUUCCGGAACGUCUCCGACAACGUGUGCUCGGUGCGCUGCACAAGGCACACCCGGGAAUCGUCCGAAUGAAGGCGCUCGCGCGCAGUUUCGUCUUUUGGCCGGGAAUCGACAAGGAUAUCGAGCAGAUUGUGCAAAGCUGUGACAACUGCGCUGCCGCUGCAAAGAAUCCGAUCAAAAACGUGCUCUACUCGUGGCCAAAAUCGUCUGCUCCGUGGACACGCGUGCACGCAGAUUACGCCGGUCCAAUCGACGGAAUCUACUACUUGGUGGUGGUGGAUUCGUUCUCCAAAUGGCCCGAAGUGAUGGCGACCAAAUCGAUCACAUCGACGGCAACCAUCAUGCCCUUCGGGAGGAUUUUCGCGCAGUUCGGAAAUCCCGAGACGCUGGUGACGGACAAUGGAACACAAUUCUCCGCGCAGCUGUUCCAGUCUUUCUGCGAGGAACGUGGAAUCAACCAUCUCUUCUCGCCGCCCUAUCACCCGCAGUCUAACGGCCAGGCCGAAAGGUUUGUCGAUACGUUCAAGAGAACAAUGAAGAAACUACAAGGGGAGUCGGAAGGGGACGACGCUCUCAACGUCUUCUUACAAAUCUACCGAUCGACUCCGUGUGCAGCCGCACCGCAACAGAAGUCGCCCGCCGAAGGCUUCCUCGGUCGACCGAUACGCACGCCACUUCAGCUGCUCCUGCCCACGAAGAGAUCCGCGGAUUCUGACAGGAAUCGUGACAUGGAACGACAAUUCAAUGUUCAUCACGGAGCUCGCCGACAGGAUUACCGACCGCAUCAAGCAAUCUACUCAAGGGACUUCCGCAAUCCGGCCAGACCAACUUGGAGUGCCGGGAUUGUGAUCAAGAAGCUCGGGAACACCGUCUACGAGGUAGAAGUAGACGGAUUCCGCUGGAAGAGACACGCGAACCAUCUGAAGCCGAGGAUUCGACGUCAACCGCUGGAGGAGCUGAUCGACACGUUCGGAUUGGGACAAUCGAAGGAUUCAACGGCGCCGAGGGAUAUGGACGACACGAAGGAUGUGACGGACAUGGACAACUCGGAGAAUCUGGAUCGGGACGACGCGAUGGAUACGGACGGUUCGGACGACCCGAAGGAGGAUCGAAGGGAUGCCGAGGAGUCACAGGACGCUGAGGAUACCGAGGAUCCGACGGACGGCCCUGGAUCGGAUGCCGUCUCACCUGCUCAAUCGCCGCAGCCUCUCCGACGUUCAACCAGGAAUAGGAUCGCCGCAAAGCGAUUCGAGAUGAACCCGUCGAAACAAAGUUACCAUUGA